GCAAAAUACGAAUAUGUCUUCCCUGCAUCACGAGUAUGGCGGAAGACCAGUAGGUUCCGCGGUAAGGUGCUGCACUCGUCGCCAAAAGGUUGCGAGUUCGAUCCCUGCACAUGGCAGAUGCUUUGACCAGGGAAAUGGCGCUUCCCCAGCUCCCCAGCAGCAGCCCCUCACCAUGCAACAUUCUUUACUACAGCGCUGUAUGAUCUCAAGUGUCUAGAGCAAAAUAAUACUCCUCACUCACUGACAUGACUACAAGCAACCACGUGCCUGCACCAAUAAAUAUCCUCGCUGAAAGUAAGAGUGAAGUGGGAGGCGGGGUCGGGGGUCGUAUGGAUUAGUUGAGAAAAGAAGGAACACUGAAACAAAAAUAACAAAAACUCUUGUUGCACAUGCUACAGUAACGUUAAAACUACCGAAAUCCCAAGAGCGAAUAGACCUAUUAUGCAAAGACAAGGAAAUUAAUAACCAAAACAAAUCACUAACUAUUCCGUCAUAAUACGCCAGAUAUUCGAUAUGGAGAUGAAACAUUCAAGGCUGUGAGGUAUGAGGGAGUCUGCGUUCCUCGCGUGACCUUUGCAAGUGGGACUGCGGGAAGGUGGAGUAAGAGUAAGGCAGUGUCAGUGUGAGUCUCGUCCCAUCUCACCACAUCCACUCGGCCGCGGCAAACUCCCUCCCCUCAAUAGAAAACGCCGCGAAACUCGACCAUAAAACAUUACACGUGAUACACGGAGCGAUGAAGUCUUCAGUGAGGCAAGUACACUAAUGGCCACUAAUAGAUGAGUGAGAGACGGACAAGUGUGAGGAGGCGAGAGAGACUGUGUGGAAAAAGCGACAGAGAGGUCAACAUCCACCACCGAUUCGUAAAACAGACAUCACUCAGUUUCAACGCUCGUACUGCGGUAACUUUUCCAAUACUUCGCUCAUGUGUUGCCUCGUGAGGAAUGCUUGGGGGCGAGGAGGGUGAUCGGGAGUGAGUUCUCGAAAUAAUCGAUAAACACCUUAACGUCUCUACUCAUUGUGGGAUUUUGGUGUGACCGUCAAAAUUCACCUUAGUUCAUCAACGUGCUUGUCCGUUUCAUUCACGCAGAAUACAGUACUAUUAUGUAGCAGCAAUAUUUUGGAGAAGAAGAAUGCCAGCAUCACAACAACGGACAUGCCGAACAAACACUAUUCUUGAUAUUCAAAAUGUCACACUCUCAGUAGUCAUAUUUUAAUGAAUUGUCCCACUAAUAGUAGCUACGAUUACUUAUUCUUUUCGCCUUUGUUCACUUCUUUCCCUCUCUCAGUAACAGUAUUAUUAACGGCAGUGUCCUUAGAGUGUCACAUGCCCUCUUUAUGCUAUCAAGAUUCAUACCAAGUGCCGUCCAUAACUUCUGAUCCCUCACUACCUGGGCUACCAUGGUUGCUACUCUUGUCACCCAACGUAGCAACACUUCCAACUCCUAGCCUACAACAUUGAUAAGUAACGCAUCGAUCGCCCUUACCACUACUAACACAACAACACCAGCUAAAAAGUCCCUACUACUACUACUACUAGAAUGAAUACCAUACUGGAUUACCCUCUGCACUUCCCUGGGAGCAACACAACACUGCCUUGGGCACAGACGGGAAUGUCCUUGGCUGUGGUGCUGGUGGCUCUCAUGGUGCUGGUGCUGAGUUGCUGUGGUGCCGCUGCUCUCUUCCUGGCCGCCUGCUGCGGGAACAGGAGGAGAGACACCGUGGCUGAGAGUGGAGACUCCCGCUGGUUGCCUGGAAUAGGUCUGAUUGACUACGUCCCCGUUUCCAACAGGUCGUCGGUUCGGGUGUCUCUCGUGUUGUCUGACAGCAUGCAAGACCUGGAGGGAGGCGCAGACGAGUCCCACACCCCUGCCAUCAGUGCCAGCCAUGUCUCCCAGCAGUCGCCGUCACGCCCACAACUGUACAGGGCAGGGGCAGCGGCAUCCACACAACAUCUUUACACUGCUGCUGUUUCGCCUGAAAAGGACGUUCGUGUCUCACAUUCAGCGGAAGCGUCCCCACCGAGAUUCGUCUCCCAAGCGUCCGUGAACUCUUCAGAAUACAAUAAAGACCAAGAGCUUAUUGAGGGAGACUUUAAAGCAGCUCUUGAGACUGCGCAGCAACCGAUUAAUCUCAUUAGGUCCUCCCUUUACUCGCGGUCACCACCCAUACCACUGCAUCCAUUAACGUCCACUACGCCUUCGUCACUGCCAUUUGCUUCCUCGCCGACAUCUGGGGAAUUUUUUACUAUUAUUAGUACUGGCAAAAAUAGCAAUGCACCACCACCAUCAUCAACACCACCACCACUAGCACCUUCACCACCAUUAUCAACACCACUAACACUACUAGCACCUCCACCAACAUCAUCAACACCACCACUAGCACUUCCACCAACUUCAUCAUCAACACCACCACCACCACAAGCACCUCCACCACCAUCAUCAACAAAACCACCACCACUAGUAACUCCACCACCUUCACUACCAGCACAUCACACUGACCAUGUCUCGUUAAAAACUCUCACGUCGCCGUCUCAAGGAGAAAGGUGGUCCAUCCUUCCUCGUCUGGGACACCCUAACAAUAAAAGCAAGUGAGAUUGACCGUUUUCCUAGAUGCUGAGGACCCGUACUCAUCCUGGCGGAAAAUGAACAGUCGUCUUCAUUUUGGUGUUAUCUAUGCAAUGCCCCUAACGUAUAAUAUACGACUUUUAUACUUCAGCGAAUUCCUCAAUUUGAAACUCUCGAGGACGCUUGUGAACCGCUUGAGGGUCUGUCUAUCGGUAUAUCCUGGUGAGGCCUUGCUGGGUUCUAUGCGGUCACGCUUUGUGAUAAUGCUUAAGUCUAACAGGCCACAGAAAGCCCGAGAAAAGGUGACACACAGCGGCAGUGUUCCCGAGGAGCCCCUGGCACUGUCUAUACGUCGCCGGGCGAUGAGACUGAAACCAGACUUUGGAGGCGCACACUACUGCCGAAGAACACGCAAGCACUGCUGUGUUUUUGACAUUUCCAUACUUUAUACAUCAGAUGAAUAAAGAAGAAUCCUUUAUAGCAGAGGAAAAUGCCACAGC